AUGUGUCCUGGGAACGUAAUGACCCUUGACGAGAUGAAGCCCGGUAUCCGACAGCUACUUGUUGCAUUAGAUUUCCUGCACUCGGAGUGUCAUAUCAUCCACACUGAUCUUCAGCUGAAGAAUCUAUUACUUCCCGGGCCAGAGACAAGCUAUCUUUCCCGUUUCGAAGAAGCUGAAGUUACGGACCCAUCAGCUAGAAAGAUGCUUAAAGAUCGAACAAUCUACAAGACUUUGGGGUUCCUUCCAAGAGGUGGGCUGCCAGUUCUUGCUGAUUUUGGGGAAGCUCGUUUAGGCCACCAAGAGCACGAUGAUGAUAUCAUGCCAAACGUUUACCGGGCUCCUGAGGUGAUUUUAAGGUCGAGCUGGGGUUAUAAGGUGGAUAUAUGGAAUGUUGCUAUGGUCGCCUGGGACAUCGUUAGCCCCCGCACCCUUAUCACUGGCAAAAACCCAGAUGGCGUAUUUGAUGACCGCGUCCAUAUGGCAGAACUGGUUGCCCUGCUAGGCCCUCCGCCACCUGAAUUCCGGAAACAGACACACCUCAGUUCGGUCUUCUGGGAUGAGUUGGGCAACUGGAAGGAAGUAGUCCCAAUCCCAGACAUUACCUUUCAGAGCCUCGCCGAGAAUGUCGAAGGGGAAGAUAAAGAAGGGUUUUUGCGGUGGCUGCGAAUGGCCUUGCAGUGGAACUCCGAGGACCGACCGACCGCGUUAGAACUCUUAUACGACGAGUGGCUAAUGAAGGGUUUAGAGGAGAGCGCAGGGUAA